GAAAAAUUCAGUUGAAAUUACCGGACGGUUUGAUAAUGGAGUUGUGUUUUGUUGGUUCGGAGAAAAUUACCAAAUUGUUUUAUAAAAUCAGUUAAUUGUUUGGAAAGAGUUAUUUUCGCGAUGAAAAAAAUACUCGAAAAAUUGCGGAAUUUUUACCGGACGGUCAAGCAACUUUUACCAAACAUUCCGGCAAUUCUUCUAACCAGUACGGGAACUUUCUCCGAGUGAAAAAGGCGCAAAACGAUUACCAAAGAAUACAGUAAUUUUUACAAAAUUUUCCUCUUCGUGUAGACAAAAAAACCACAGAAGGCACUCCCAUUUUCGCAAAACAAUUCAAUUAGUCAUCACUUGAAAAUUCUAUUACGCAGUGAAAAAGGAAUAUGAUGUCACAGUUUGUAGUGAGAAACGUUAAAAAAUCAUCCUCCAAUAGCCGGAAUUUAAUUUAACUAAAAAAAUAAAAUGAAAACCAAGUGAAUUAAAUCAAAUCCCUGAUUACUUUUCCACAAAUUUUUCUCUCUAUCCUCCACGAGGGUAAUCACUGGGAAUCUUCUGUUGUGCUCAUUAAAUACAAAAGAAUGAGUACUGUUUGUCCAUAACUCAUUAACCCAAAGGAAAUAAUUUGCUCAUUUGACAGCAGAUGACAGUGGAAGUCCCGAAUAAAAUUAAUUCACUGUCAUUACAAUGAGGAAAUACAAGUGAAGUUUAUUCUAUUCCCCCACAUCAUUGAUAAUCGCUCUCAGUUCUUCAGAAUCCCCCGUUGUAUUUACACUUCGACGAUUGACACCAAUGGACACGCAUGUCAGUACCUCGUAUAAGUGAUAUAACGGUUUCUUUUUAUCCCAUGUCUGUUACUAAAUCCAUUCUACCGCUGAAAGCGUCGGUAACUCGAAGUUAACAAUUUCAUUGAGUAAUUUAUUCCAGCAACUUGUUCUACAUUUUCAAAACAUGAAAUUGUUAUCAUAUGUUGCAAAAUGUUAUGAACUUGGAAGUGUCGUUAAGCCGAUAUAGAACAAUUCGGGUAAAUGAACUCGUUUUUUAAUGGAAAAAUGUUGGCCGAUUUUCGCAACUAUCAGUUCAAGUUUAUGUCAAGUGAAUAGACAUAAAAGUUUCAAGGAUUCCAUCAUCUCUUUUGUGAUGUCAUAAGUGUCACAAUGUUUCGCGAAUUUCAUGACAAUUGAUGCAACGAUUCGAGUGAAGUUCAAUUGAAUGAGUAAAAACCUGUGAUGUAUCGGUACGAUAUGCUCGCCGAAAUAAUUUGGAACACUGUUUGUCAAAAAAAUUGUGUGACACAAAAAUAUCAUCACUCCGAAUGGAGAAACAAUGACAAAUGAGAAGAAGGAAGUCAAAAUGGAAAAUUGAAAUUCGAUAAAAAGGAGCGAGGAAAGUGGCGAAACACGAAGUCAGCGAACAACUCGACUGGCACAAGACACAAGACAGCUGCAGCACACUCCGCGGUGAACAGCUUUCCCUCGGUGUAUUGACGUCUACUCUACCCCUGCCAGCGAGUUGUUGUAAUUGUGUUAGUACCACGCGACUCGUAUCAGCUGGAAGAAGAUUCUGAAAGUCAACGACAGACGGUGCUGGCCACAAUGUUUGGGUGGAUUUGAAAAUUAUUUUUCAUUCACCGAGAAGGAAAAUGGAUAAUAAAAUAUAAAACAAAGGGGGACAAAGGGAUUCCUGCAGUUGUCUAGGAAUUUUCUAAAGUCCGUUUUUCCAUUUUUCACGUUUUUCUUGGCUCCUGGGCCUCGUAGAGCAAAAGGGCCUGAAUCGGGGAUCACCCCGUUUGUCGAGGAUAUCUUGAAAAAUAUUGUAGACAGCACAAUAAAACAAAUGGCCUGGACUCGCGAGUGCGCAGCAUCCCUCUGGAUCAAUGAAAUAGAGAUUGUCCCACCGAGUCUCCAGUAUCGGGCAACAACGUCUGAGGCAUUCGGGCUGUGGCAGCCCCGAUGGACUGACACACUUGUAAAUAUUUACAUUUCGAUUAAGGGGUGACACACCCCAUAAUCACCUCCACAUUUCGGAACUAAUGAAUUUAUUCAGAAAAAUCUAAUUAAAUAAUCGCCGUAUGUUGUCGAACCAAUCAACAACAAUGGAGCGCGCCGUGAAGACAAUGCUCUUGUGGUUUAUUGUUUUCAUCGUUUAUACGAGAUCCUCUGAGGCAGUCGAGGGCAAUCCGAUGUAUUAUAAAAUCGGUGGAGUAUUGUCCAACAAUGCCAGCCAGAAUCACUUCAAGAAGACGUUGGAUAAUCUCAAUUUUGAUCUGCAAUACGUCAACAAGGGUGUUGUCUUCUACAGCGUGGUCAUUGGAAUGGACUCGAAUCCGAUUAGAACAGCUUUGAGUGUCUGCAAGUCUCUGAUUGUUGAGAGAGUUUAUGCAGUUGUCGUAUCCCAUCCAUUGACUGGAGAUCUCUCACCCGCUGCUGUGUCGUACACCAGCGGAUUCUAUCACAUUCCAGUUAUUGGGAUUUCUUCCCGCGAUUCUGCGUUUUCGGAUAAGAACAUCCACGUGUCUUUUCUUCGCACAGUACCACCCUACUCUCAUCAAGCAGAUGUGUGGGUCGAGUUGCUCAAGCACUUCAACUACAUGAAAGUCAUCUUCAUUCAUUCAUCAGACACAGACGGAAGAGCUCUUCUCGGGCGUUUUCAAACCACAUCGCAGAGCCUCGAGGACGACGUAGAGAUCAAAGUACAUGUGGAAUCUGUCAUUGAGUUCGAGCCAGGAUUGGAAAAUUUUUCUCAGCAGCUGAUGGAUACGAAAAAUGCACAGGCCAGGGUAAUUCUCAUGUAUGCAAGUCGCAAAGAUGCGGAAGUAAUCUUCAGGGAUGCAGCAGCAUUGAACAUGACAGGACCAGGAUAUGUUUGGAUUGUGACAGAGCAAGCCCUUGAUGCUCCUAACGCUCCUGAGGGACUUCUCGGAUUGAAAUUAAUUAAUUCCACGGACGAAAGGGCACAUCUUAAGGACAGCUUAUACGUUUUAGUCUCUGCCCUUCGAGAGAUGAACCUCACAAAAACAAUUACUGAAGCUCCAAAGGACUGUGAUAAAUCCGGAUCUAUCUGGGAGACAGGAAAGGAGUUGUUUGGAUUCAUUCGUAAACAAGUUCUGGAGAGGGGUGAGACUGGUCGUGUAGCUUUUGAUGACAAUGGAGAUCGAAUUUAUGCUGAAUAUGAUAUAAUUAAUAUCAGAGAACACGGGGAGCGAGUUUCUGCAGGUCAAUAUUUCUAUUCAUCGGAAACUCUGAGGAUGAGACUCAGCGUGAACGAGACAACAAUAACCUGGCCAGGUCGGCUUAAAACUAAGCCCGAGGGUUUUAUGAUUCCAACUCAUCUCAAAGUCCUCACAAUCGAAGAAAAACCAUUCGUUUACGUUCGAGCCACCGAAAGUGCUGAUUGUCUUCCUGAUGAGAUCCCUUGUCCUCACUUCAAUACUUCGGAACACGAUGUCACACGUCUCUACUGCUGCAAAGGUUAUUGCAUAGAUCUUCUGAAAGAACUCUCCAAGACCAUCAACUUCACUUACAGUCUCGCGUUGUCACCAGACGGCCAGUUUGGAAGUUACAUGAUAAAAGAUAGCAGCACAGGCGGAAAGAAGGAGUGGACUGGAUUGAUCGGCGAACUUGUUAAUGAACGCGCAGAUAUGAUCGUCGCUCCUUUGACCAUAAGUCCAGAACGAGCUGAGUUUAUUGAAUUCAGUAAACCCUUCAAGUAUCAGGGCAUCACCAUCUUAGAAAAAAAACCUUCUAGGUCAUCAACAUUGGUAUCUUUUCUUCAACCAUUCAGCAACACUCUCUGGUUCCUGGUGAUGGUGUCGGUGCACGUGGUGGCGCUUGUCCUGUACCUCCUUGACCGGUUCUCACCAUUCGGGAGGUUCAGGCUGGCUAACACUGACAGUACCGAGGAGGACGCACUCAAUCUCUCCAGCGCUAUUUGGUUUGCUUGGGGCGUUUUACUCAACAGUGGAAUUGGAGAAGGUACACCAAGAAGUUUCUCAGCAAGAGUUCUUGGCAUGGUCUGGGCUGGAUUUGCGAUGAUAAUUGUAGCAUCGUAUACUGCCAAUUUGGCUGCUUUCCUCGUCCUGGAACGACCGAAGACAAAGCUCUCAGGAAUUAAUGACGCAAGGCUACGAAAUACGAUGGAAAAUCUGACCUGUGCUACGGUGAAGGGCUCAGCGGUUGACAUGUACUUCAGGAGACAAGUAGAAUUAUCCAACAUGUAUCGAACAAUGGAGGCAAAUAAUUACGACACUGCUGAGGAUGCGAUACAGGACGUGAAGAUUGGCAAGUUGAUGGCAUUUAUCUGGGACAGUUCCAGGCUCGAAUUUGAAGCAGCUAAGGACUGCGAAUUGGUCACUGCUGGGGAGCUCUUUGGAAGAUCUGGAUAUGGGAUAGGAUUGCAGAAAGGAUCUCCCUGGGCUGAUGCUGUUACCCUGGCUAUUUUAGAUUUUCACGAAAGUGGAUUCAUGGAAACUCUUGACAAGAACUGGAUACUCCAGCGUAAUCUCCAGCAAUGUGAACAAUUUGAAAAGGCCCCGAACACUCUGGGCCUGAAGAACAUGGCAGGAGUCUUCAUACUCGUUGGCGUCGGGAUAAUCGGUGGCAUUGGGUUAAUAGUAAUCGAGAUGAUAUACAAAAAACAUCAGAUUAAGAAGCAAAAACGACUGGAGCUUGCCAGACAUGCAGCUGAAAAAUGGCGUGGUGCAAUCGAGAGACGAAAGACUGUGAGAGCUUCGAUGCCAGCAGCACAACGAAGAAUUCAAAAUGGUCUGAAUGAUCCUACCACUGUCAGUCUCGCUGUUGAUGCUAUUUCAAGAUCUGGAUUACCACCGAGAAGUCCUGGAAGAGCCUGGCCAGGAGACAGUGACAUCAGGCAACGCACCUCAUCUCGACAGGACGAUUCCAUGCGACUAUCUCCCGCUGCCUACACAGUCGAUGUAUCACAUCUCAUUGUUUAGACUCAUUGUUUAGACUCAUGAGAAAAAUUCAUUGUUUUUAAAGAUUAUUCAUGAGGCAUAAUUUAAUGUACUAAUGUAAAGAAUCCCCCAAGACUAAAAAAAACCUGAUGAUAUGCCGGAGGGGCGAUUACUCGGUUAUUGCGAAUGUAUGAGAAAAUUUAUUUGAAAUAAUAAAUGCGUUUGUUGAGAAAUUC